AACAUCCCUGCUAUAUGUCUCAACGUCGGUCCCAUGCUCAAUGGCUAUGUGAAGGACGAAUUGGCUGGUUCGGGGAUGGUGGUCUGGAAAGGCAGGGAGAUGCACGCUGCAGGAGAGAUCACCACGGAGGAAUUUGUAGAUUACAUUUCCCGCGGGUAUGUCACGAAUUAUCGGACACACUUCCUUGUUUUGACUAACGCUUCGCAUUAGUGCACCGUCAGCAGGUCACUGCAACACUAUGGGUACGGCAUCAACUAUGAAUGCGCUUGCAGAAGCUCUUGGCAUGGCCCUGCCUGGGUCAGCUGCCAUUCCGGCUCCGUACCGUGAACGAGCUCAAUGCGCUUAUGAGACCGGGUUACGGAUCGUAGAGAUGGUGCACUCCGAUCGCAAGCCAAGUGACAUCAUGACCAGGGAGGCUUUUGAGAAUGUCAUUGCUGUCAACACGGCGAUUGGUGGCAGCACUAACGCUCCCAUUCAUAUUAACGCCAUUGCGAAGCAUAUUGGGGUGGAUCUUUCGCUAGAUGACUGGGAUCGCCUUGGGUUCCAUAUCCCGCUCUUGCUAAACAUGCAACCGGCGGGGGAGCUCCUAGGGGAAGAGUAUUACCGAGCAGGAGGGUUGCCGGCGAUUAUGGCGGAGCUGCUGGAUGCGGGCAAGUUGAAUGCAGAUGCCGUGACGUGCAAUGGCCACACUGUAGCACAAAACGUCCGUGGGAAACAUACCUGGAAUCGGCGGAUGAUCAGAGCUUAUGACGAUCCUCUCCUCAAGGAUGCUGGCUUCCUUCACUUGACCGGUACCCUAUUUGACUCUGCCAUCAUGAAAACAUGCGUCAUCUCUGAGCCGUUCAGGCAAAAAUUCCUAGAGAAUCCUGCAGAUCCAAAUGCGUUUGAGGGGUCUGUGGUAGUUUUUGACGGGCCGGAGGAUUACCAUCAUCGGUUAGAGGACCCCUCCACCCCCAUCGAUGACAAGAGUAUCCUGGUGAUGCGCGGGGCUGGUCCACUGGGCUAUCCCGGUGCAGCUGAGGUGGUCAACAUGCACCCUCCAGGAAGGCUCCUGCGAGAAGGGGUCAAGUCCCUUCCAUGCAUUGGCGAUGGACGGCAGUCGGGAACUUCAGGAUCUCCAUCUAUCUUGAACGCCAGUCCUGAGGCAGCAGCGGGCGGCAACCUUGCCAUCCUUCGGGAUGGAGACCGGCUCCGAGUGGACCUUAACCAGCGGCGGGUAGACAUCCUUGUCCCUGCGGACGAAUUAAAGAAGCGAAAGCAGGAGCUUGAAGCGAGUGGGGGUUACAAUAUGCCGGAAAGCCAGACCCCAUGGCAGGAGCUCUUCCGCAAGGAAACGUCACAGUUGAGCGAAGGAAUGGUUCUCCGAGAAGCAGUCAAAUACCAACGGCUGGCGCAGCGAUACCCGGAGCCCAGGCACAAUCACUGAAUAAUGAUAGUUUUUGUUAUGACAUAAUUUGAGCAUUGAAUGAA